GCUCGCUCCUCCCGCCCCUCCUCUCUAUGGUGACUUUCCGGGGGGAAGGGCCGCCACCGGCGCCGCGCGCCUGCGUGAGCCGGGCUCCCCCCGCCCCGAGGCCGCCGUCCCGGGCGCUCGCAGCGCCGCCGGUGCGGAGGAAGGCGCGCGCCCCGCCCCGCCCUCCAGCCGCGCCGGGGGGGGCCCGCGCCCCCGCCCCGCCGCUCCAUCCCCGGGGCUGCGCGGCGGCAAAUGGUGGGGCCGGAUGAUGCCGGAGGUGCGGGCAGCGCUGCCGUGCUUCCCGCGGGAAGGCAGGAGGAGGCGACAGCGGCGGCGGAGGAGGAAGACGAAGAGGAGGAGGACGGGGAACGGGAUGGGAGCCGGGGCUUGAGCCGAAGGAGCGGCGGGCCGGGGCCGGAGCGGCUGCUGCAGCGGUACUUGGCGGCGGGUGGGAAGCGGUGCCCGGAGAAGCCCGCCAACGGGGCCGCCUACGCCGUGGGCCCCCGCGGGAGGAUGACCAACGGGGACGUCGGCUUCUUGCUGCCGCCGCCACCGGAGGAACCGCCGCCCCCUCGGGCCGAGCCGGGGGAGGAGGAGGAGGAGGAGGAGGAGGAAGAAGCGAAACUGCAGAACGGGGGCUUUCUCCUGUGCCCGGCGGGCGGCGGCCCCGCGGGAACCGCCUUGGAAGAGCCGCUGAGGAGCUGCCGGCUGCGGGGCGAGGCGGAGCGGCGCGGGGGGACGGCCGGCAGCCCCCCGCCGCCCCUCGGCCCCGGGGACGCCGCCGGCAGCCGGGCGCAGGCCGCGCCCGGUGCGCGGACCUCCCGGGGCCUGGCGGAGCCCCUCGGCUUCACGGACGUGAACCUGAACUCCCGCAACACCUACGAGGUGAGCCGCCGCCGCAGCGCCCCGGAGCACUUGCCCCACGGGGGGGCGGCCACCGCCGCCCCGGUGCCGCCGCAGGAGCCGGCGGAGAGGGCCCGCCGUGCGGGCAUCGCCGCCGCCGGCAGCAGCUUUGCAGAGUUCUUCACCAGAAACUUUUUCACUAAAAGGACGAAGGAACUCAAACCUGCUGUCCAAAGUGCUCCUGGCUGGAAGUUAUUUGGAAAAGUCCCACCCAGGGAAAACUUUCCAAAAGAUUCCAAAAUUAUUCAGCAGGAUGACAGUUCUGGCAGUCUUGCGUCACUAUCUGCUCUCAGUCUAUUAAACGCAGGGGAAUAUGAAGCACGGACAGGAAGAAUGUAUAAACCUCCACCCCCAUCAGCAAGACGUAAAAAUAUUGAAUUUGAACCACUUUCAACUACUGCUUUGAUUCUGGAGGAUCGACCAGCAAAUCUUCCUGCCAAAUCAGUGGAGGAGGCUUUACGUCACCGACAAGAAUAUGACGAGAUGGUGGCAGAGGCAAAGAAACGAGAAAUUAAAGAAGCACACAAAAGGAAAAAAAUAAUGAGAGAGCGUUUCAAGCAAGAAGAGAAUAUCGCUAGUGCUAUGGUGAUUUGGGUCAAUGAAAUACUACCGAACUGGGAAGGCAUGCGUGCCACCCGAAGAGUUCGAGACCUGUGGUGGCAGGGAUUACCCCCGAGUGUACGUGGGAAGGUUUGGAGUCUAGCUGUGGGAAAUGAAUUAAAUAUCACUCCUGAACUUUAUGAAAUCUUCUUAUCAAGAGCUAAGGAACGAUGGAAAAGCUUCAGUGAGACAAGUUCUGAGAAUGACAUAGAAGAUGCAGGCGCAUCUGUUGCGGAUCGUGAGGCCAGCCUGGAGCUAAUUAAGUUGGAUAUAUCACGCACAUUUCCAUCCCUGUAUAUUUUCCAGAAGGGUGGUCCUUAUCAUGAUCUCCUGCACAGUGUUUUAGGAGCAUAUACAUGUUACAGACCAGAUGUGGGAUAUGUACAAGGGAUGUCCUUCAUUGCUGCUGUGCUCAUUCUCAAUCUGGAAGAGGCAGAUGCUUUCAUUGCCUUUGCUAACCUUCUAAACAAGCCAUGCCAGCUGGCCUUUUUCCGUGUGGAUCACAGCAUGAUGCUGAAGUACUUUGCAGCCUUUGAAGUGUUCUUUGAAGAAAAUCUUCCCAAACUGUUUCUUCAUUUCAAAUCAUACAGUCUUACUCCAGACAUAUAUUUGAUAGACUGGAUUUUUACACUCUACAGCAAGUCAUUACCACUUGAUCUAGCCUGUCGUGUCUGGGAUGUUUUCUGUAGAGAUGGAGAAGAAUUUUUGUUUCGGACAGGGUUAGGAAUCCUUCGGUUAUAUGAAGAUAUUCUCCUACAGAUGGACUUUAUUCAUAUAGCACAGUUUCUAACAAAACUUCCAGAAGACAUUACAUCAGAAAAGCUUUUUAGCUGUAUUGCAGCUAUUCAGAUGCAGAAUAGUAACAAAAAAUGGGCACAGGUGUUUGCCUCACUGAUGAAGGACAACAAAGAAGGGGACAAGAACCAUAGCCCAGCACUGAAAAGCUAAUCGUUGUAAUGCUGAGGUCAACUGAAAAUGUGGAAAACCACUUGAUGACAAAGGAGUUUUCACAUUACUUCUGUGUGGUAAAGCACUAUAGAAAAUGUGAAAAUGAGAUGGAAAACAGACACAGCUCACAGUGGAGUAAUGAACUGAUGAAAUCUUCACUCUUUUGCCAGUAUUAGCUUUUGUCGUGGGAAGAUUUGUUUUCACACAGAAUACUAAAACCUAUGAAACUGAGAAGCGGGGGAGCUCGUGUUUAAUACUUUAAAAGAAUCAGCUCAAUGCAAUAAACAUUUGUAAUAACUUCUGUUGGUACUUAAAAAAAAUUUUGAGGCAUAACUUUUUUUACAAAUACCACAAAGGCACUUUUUUGGGGGGAUGAGGGAAAUGUUAAAUCUUAAGGCCCCAAAACUGCUAUCCAAACCAAAUGCUUUGGUACAGAUAUUACCUCCAAAAUUAACCAUUCGAAAGUACUGAGGACCAAAUAAGGUUGGUUGGUAUGUUUGUGUGCAAGAUGGUUAAAAUUUGGGAAAGGGUAUUGUCUGUCUUUUUUUUUAAGUUGCAGCUUCAUUCUUCAGUCUGGGCAAACGUAACUAACUCAGGAAUGGUGAAAGUAUUGUGCCCAAACCUGUUAGAGCAAAAAUCAUCUGAAUUUUAAACAGCGGUAAGAUCAGGGCUAUUAUUUUCAGUGUGUACAGCUUUCAAAGCAAGUGGUGUUAAGCAUUUGUUUUGGUGUAUUGGUUGUGCAGCUUAUUAAAAAUGGAGUGGGUAUUCUGUGAAAGGGUUUUGCCACCAGAAGUUUCAUUUUGUUGAGCCAUUUCCAACUAAGAAAUACUUGUACGUAAUGGUGAACACUAGAAACUGACAAAGCUACCUGCAGACUUUGUGUUGUCAAAGGAGCAGCCACUUCAAACGCUUCGGAAUAAUGCAGACAGAAUGUUUUUUGAAACUAUCUUUUAUUGUGCAAUACUGAAAUCCAAAAAGCAUCUGGUUUCGUGAUACUUAAUUCUUUAACAUGGCAAAUGUUUUCAAACACUUCCUACUCUUGAAGAUGCUGUACAACAACUUGUGAUAGUAGGGGAUGGAAAUUUAAAAUGGGUAGUACUGCAGGUGAGGAACACUUGCACUCUCUUGGUCCAUUUUUGAUAAUAUUUAAUGUAAAUAAAUUCCUUACAUGUGGGUUUUUUGUAACUGGUCCCUCUGUGGAAAUCAAGUCAAAAUUACCAUUAUGUAUUUUUAAGUGCAGGAGGCUUCAAGUUGUCUGGUGUUUAAAAGCAGAGUCUACCUAACUGGGGUAAAGAUUUAGUGUGGUGUACCUUACGUUGCUAUCUGGUUUAAAAACUACAUAUAUAUAUAUACACUACUCAUAACAUUUAAAUUUCAAAUUGUAAUGUCAGAUUUUUCUUAACUUAUGUAUCCACUACUUUAAUUGGAUCCAAUUUGUCUUAUAUUUUUGUGUUAUCUUGUACAGUUUUCUUACUUUUCAACUAUAAAUCUGUAUAUAACUGUAAAUAGAAGGAUCAAGCCUUCCUUAAAGACCACUAGUAACGAUCCCUGUGUAAAUAAAACUUAUAGCUGA